AUGACUUCGCCGCUGGUGGCAACGGUGGAGGAGGCGGAGGUCGGCGGCUAUGGAUGGAGGAGGAAGAGAGGAGAGGUGAAGGAGAGAGAAGAUUUUCUCGUGGUCGGCCUGUCCACGUCAAUCGCUGACAUGGGUUUAGCUCCUAGAGUGCCAUCUCCCCAGUUAGAUACGAAGUCCAUCGGUGCAACAUCAGCUUUGAGGCAAGGCAUGGCUGGGAAUAACAAUAGUGGGAUCCAGCAGAUUCAACUGCUCAAUUGGCAUGAGGAUUCAACUGGAGGAGUCACUGUGGUGAUGAAGGAGCGUAUGGAUGCUGGGUGUCUUUGCCCGUUGGCUUCUGAGCUUCAAUAUCAACCUGGAAACAACAGGGGAAGAAGGUUGUGUGCAUCAAAUUGCUCGCUCAAUGUUCAAAUCUCGUUGGAAGGAUUUAGGUACCACCAUUCUGAAGCGAGUUACUCAGUGUUUGUCCCCUGGCUUCCUUUGACCCCCAAUCUUAUUCCUGUGAAUGCUUCCCAUGGGGUGCUUGUUGUCCCAGAGAAUAGUGGAAGGUUUAAAGGCAUGGAAACUUCCUACUGGAGUUGUUAUGAGGAUGAAGAUAUAUGCCAUGCAGUUGCUAGAGUAGCGAAGGAAGAGACAGGAGUAGACACUAAAUUCGUUGAAGUCCUCUAUUUCAGGCAAGACCACAAAUCAUUCUUCCCAAAAUCAGAUUUGUCCUUCCUUUGUGUGCUUCAGCCACAAUCAUCUUCUAUCGAGGAACAGAAUCUAGAGGUCAGGGCGGCCCAGGAUGCCGAUUUUGAUAUGAUAAACAUGUCAAGUCAGUAGACGAGCAAGAUAGGACUGCAAAUAGUGAGGAUCAAGAAAUCCUUGG